GUCGUUAUUACGAGAGGUUCCUUUCAUUGAACGGGGUUCAGAGAGGGAGAGGGGGAUAAAUUGAAUCGUGAAUAUAUAUACUUUGUAUACAUAAAUCUGUCGAGGAGAAAACGCCCUGUUCAUCUCGUUGGGAACAAAAAUGAACAAACCAAUUGUUUUAUCCUGUCAACGAGGGUGGGGAUGAGUUAUAACUUUGCCGAGCUAAAACGCAUUAGCGUUUCGGAUGAAGAAAAAAAUACUACAUCGCUUUUGUUUUUCUUUUGUGUCUUCGGUGACGCUCUUGACACAAAAAAUCCUCAAGUCACUUAUUGGUGUCGAGAAUUUUCGAGGGUCAAUACGCUGCGUUUGAGCAUCAAUGUUAUUUAUUUGAUUGCUAAAAUUUGCUUGUUCACUGUAUUUUUACAUUAAGGAGUGCGGAAGAAGGAGUUUGGAUCUUCUGUAUCGACCUACUCCCUCGCAUUAAAGUCAUCAAACUUCCCAUCAGCUAUGUCUCGAGAUUAUGAGGGUCGAAGAAGAGGCGCGAGUGGAAGUAGUUCCAGCAAAAUGAGAAUGGACACUAGCGCGGCGCAACCAAGAAAUCAUGGAGAAUCGUCAGGAAAAAAAAGGGAGCUGGACAGCGUUAUGAGGAAGGCUCGAGAGUCACAAUCGAGUUAUUGGAACAAAAAGUUGCUCGAGGUGGAGGAGCGUGAUCCGAACAGAUGGAGGCACAGCGGCUACAAAGAACUUUACGUAGGAGGUGCAGCAGGCGGAGGAGGUGGAAGCGGCGGAGGUGAACCAAGUAGAGGACAUCCUCGCAGUCCUCGAAGUCCGAGACCACGGAGUCCUCACAGUCCAAGGCCGAGAAGUCCCAGGGCUCGGAGCCCAAGGUCACCGCGGGAUCGCUCACACACAAGAUCGAGGCUGGCCCGCAGUCCGAGCUCCGGUAGUACUUGUUCCGAUCGAUCGUGUUCCGUCUGUUCACCGAGGGAACAACCGAAUCAACGUCGUCGCGUAGCCCCGCCUUCUCGUUCACGAUCGCGAUCGAUGAGCCCUCUCCGACAACGAGGCCAUCCGAAAGACAUGGCCGGUGCUUCGAGCUCACGGGGCCCCGUGCCUCAACGCGCUCGACCGCGAUCACCCCCAUUACCCCGUCCUCGAACACCCCCUAGCGCUCCCCAACCACCUACUCGACAUCAAAAAGAGUACAAAAUGCUCAAGGAAAAAGAAGCUGCGAAAGCUCGCCGCAAGGAGAAACAUCAUGGACGAAUGCCCGAGGAUCCACGCGUACCAGAGCCCAUUCCACUGAUGCGAAAACCUGUGAAAGUUGAAAAAACACAUUCGGGUCAUGGUCCACCACAUAUGGUCCAUCCACCCCCGGAAUCCUCACCGAGCGAGGACAGUGACAGUUCUUCAAAUAAUUCGCACGUCGGACCUCCGCGUAUGACGCUUUCGGAGCGAUUCGGUAAGAUGGCUCAAUGGAGCGUCGACAGACGAGACAUGGAGAAUAUGCGGAUAACAAAGGACGGUGAAAACGCGAUGAAGGUCGUGAUCGAGGGUGAGGAAAGGAUUGCGCGAUUGGGAUACGAGUCUCCGCCGCCGGGGCAUUAUCCGGAAUCGUUGCUGGCUCAAGGGCCUCGUGGUCUCGAUUGCUGGAACGACGUGAGGGUUCGCUAUGAUUAUUACAAAGCGAGGGGAUACCUACGAGAUUUGUCCCUCGACGAUUACGUCAAGUGGGAGGAAUGGUGGUACAAGUAUCAGGAAUGGUUGGAGGCUGAACGAUUUUAUGAACAAUGGGCAGCAUCAGGACGCCAACCUGGUGGUGGUGGCGGCGGCGGCGGUGGUGGUGGCGGCCGGAAACGUCGUGGAAGACGUAAUAAUCCGGCCCAUUAAUGUCAUCUUCAAAUAAACGUCGAACGCGACAGGCGGACGAAUCGAACAAGAGAAUACAGCGGUACAUCGUGCGACGCGUUUCAUCAUCACUGUUCAACUAUAUUGUCAAACAUAUGGUCGCGCUUGAGCAUUAAAAUAAGAUACUGUAAUGAUAAAUGUGCACACGUUAUAUAUAUACACAUAUAUACAAAUAUUUGUAUAUAUACAUAAAGAACGAUGAAAUACUAUACUGUAAAGUUAA